GCAAUAAUUAAUUAAUUAAAAUUUAAAACCCUAAAAUGAUGCUGUCGCACUGAACUCAGCUCAAUUUGCCGUAAAAAGCAAAAUCUUGCCGAAAAAGCUACCGGAGUUAGUUAUCAACCACCAUAAACACCAUUAAAACCGUUCACGUUCUGUUCUAACACCGUUAUUCAACACUGUUUCAUAGAACUUUCAAAUUCAAUCAAUGGCAUAUAGACGUUUCCUCUUACAAAGAGGAAACAACCUCAUAGAUCGAAGAUGCCACCCAUCUUUCACCUAUAUCCUCCACAACGAUGAACCCAAACAAAAUGAAACAAAAUCAUCUUCAACAGAAAUUAGUAACAGUUUUAUUCAAAGAAGAUCCUUUGGAAACUCUGUUAAUGGAUCAAUAGGUUUUUUCUCGUCUUCUAAACAUAGACAAAGCUUUUCUCCUUUUGCUGGAUAUAAUUUGUGUAGAAAUAUGUCGACACUGGAUCAAGCUGGUUCGGAUAAGAUUACUAUAAUGGCUGAUGUUGCUGAUGUUCUUAAGGAUUCGACAAUGGAGGCGGCUGUUUCUUCUCAGGGUCCUGUUGUUAGUGAAGUUGCUAUUGCUGCUGCUGAUUCUUAUUUGCCUGUACAAGCUUUGCAGUAUGUUAUUGAUGCUGUUCAUACCUACACCGGGCUAAAUUGGUGGGCGGCUAUAAUUCUAACAACUCUCUUGAUUCGAAGCGCAACUGUUCCACUCUUAAUAAAUCAACUCAAGGCCACUUCUAAGCUUACACUAAUGAGGCCUCGUUUGGAAGAGAUAAAGGAAGAGAUGGAGGGGAAGACAAUGGAUCCCGAGGCUGUUGCUGAAGGUCAGAAGAAGAUGAAUAAGCUAUUCAAAGAAUAUGGUGUGAGUCCAUUUACGCCAUUGAAAGGACUCUUUAUUCAAGGUCCUGUCUUCAUUAGUUUUUUUCUUGCGAUAACCAACAUGGCUGAAAAAAUGCCAUCAUUCAAGCAUGGUGGAGCUUUAUGGUUUACUGAUCUCUCAACUCCAGAUGCCUUAUACAUUUUUCCAGUUUUAACUGCAUUGUCAUUCUUAGUAGUUGUAGAGUGUAAUAUGCAAGAAGGAAUGGAAGGAAAUCCUGUGGCUGGCACCAUGAAAAAUUUCUCAAGGGUUCUUGCUCUUCUUUCAGUUCCUUUCACCAUGAGUUUUCCGAAGGCUAUAUUUUGUUACUGGGUUACAUCAAAUUUGUUUUCACUUUCAUAUGGAAUGGUGCUUAAAGUUCCUGGUGUAAAGAAAAAGUUGGGUAUUCCUGAUUUACCUCCUCCAGAACCCAGCAGUUCUCAGAAAGCUCCCUUCUCUAUAUUUGAAGCAAUAAAAAAAGCCGCAUCAGUGGCACGUCAAAGCUCAAUGCCAGUAGAAUCAUCAAAUCAAUCAAACAAAAAGUUACCUUCACCUUCUUCUUCUGCCGUUAUUAGCCAAAGGCUCAGAAGCUUAGAGAAAAAAGUAAAAGGAAGAAAGAAAAGCAAGAAGUUGUGAUUACAUUUACUAGUUCCUUAAUUAUGCCAUUAUUAAACAUACAUAGCAAAUAUGCUUAGGUUUUUGUCAUUGUAUUAUUAUUAUUAUCCCUGAUUGGUGGAAUAUUAGGAGUUUAUUCAAGAUAGAGAAAGGAAAGGGAAUAAAUUUUUUCCAAAGGCUUAUGAAGAUUUUACUGAGGCAGCUAAAAGGAGCUGAAGUGUUGAAUUCAGUUUUUGAAGGAAAUAAUGGCAGGUGAGUUAAAAGAAACCAAUUUUGUACUGCUGUAUAUUUUUUCAACAUUUUUCAUGUUUUUCAGGAUGCCAUUUGGCCUUGUAAUUUUGAGUUUGAUAGAUGAGAAAGUAAGAUAAGAACAUGAAAACUGUAUACAACUGAAAGCAAAGGGGAUUAACAAAUACUUGCUUGUAAUGUUCCAAUCAA